AGUCUCACGAUUUUAAAUGAUAUCAAACAUGACCAAGUCUAUCUCGCAUCUCUUGAAGUCGGGUUUGCCUCAUUACACACAAGUGAAUUCGCAUCUACCAGAAGCCCUUUUUUUUUCCCUUGUGCGCGAGAUCCUUCCAGUCAGGCAACCGUUGGAUUUUCCCUUGAUCGUCAUCCAGCUUAACAUCCCAUAUCCUCUGCAUCCCGAAUGGGUUGCUGGAGAUUUCUUGGCUCAUUCACGCUGCACACCAUAUCACCCACACGCCAUUAGUUGUCUGCCAAUAAACAUGUGCAACUUUUUCAAAAACUACUACAUCUACGCGUCAUGCACCGACCCCGGUCUUCACUUCUACAAGAUUGAGCUGGACGGUAGCCCACAAGGCGCCUGCCCCAGAGCGCCUCAUGAACGAUUCAUCGUCAAGGGAGACAAGUGUGAGCAUUGCCAAGGGUCGUUACCACUGCGAAUCUGAAGUGAGGGCGGGGCAAGGGAGCCGUCAUUCAUUGUUGCAUGGGGCUGGCUGCCGCCUUUGACAGCAACAAUUCCUCAUACAAUAUAGCAACAGUGGUUCUUCGAUUCUUUUUUUUUAUUUUUUCCUGCUCUCUGGUUUUCCCGUCUGAGGCUUUCACUCAACACUAUAUCCUAUGUUUUUUUUUCCCCUUUGUUUUCUUACGGCGUAUAAAUGGUUGACGGUUUUCUGUGCCAUAGCGAGGAGGCAAGGAACACCUACCGGAUAUUGUCAUUUGAACGACGAUAGUGGGGAAGAAACGAUGGUCGUGAUGAACAGCUAGUUUUGACUCUUUUGUUCUCCGGCUACUAAACUGUGGAAACAAGACAUCAAAUGGGAUGAGCUGGUCUUUCAC